UCUGUUUUGAUGUUAUUAUUGUUGAAAUGAACAUAUGAUAAUACAUUUAUCAUCAUGCAAUAAUCAACAAUAAUAUUCAUCGAAAUAAAUAAAAUUGAAAAGAAAUUCAACAACACAUACAUACAUACAUACAAUAAUAAGAAGUUAUGACUUCUCACGAAAGAGCUGAUGAAUAUUUUCACCAGUCAUUAAAAUCAAACAAUCAUAAUAUUCAUCAGAAAUAUAAAAUGUCUGUAAAACGUGAUGUUAGAGGAAGAAGCAGCGAGGAUAAAUUGGAGAAUUAUCAUUUAUUAGUUGGUGCAAUCAUAGAUGGAAAUUUGGAAUUAGUGGAUCAUUUGUUUACUCAAAAUAAUAAUUUCAACUUUAACAACUUGAAUGAAGAUGGGAACAGUUUAAUGCAUAUUGCUGUCAUUUCAAAACACUUAAAAAUUGUUCGUUAUUUAGCUGAACAUGAUGUUCCUUUGGAUACAGUUAAUAAAGACGGUGAAACACCACUUCAUAUUGCUGCUAAAUUGGGACUGUUACUCAUUGUUGAUUAUAUUAUUGAUGUUCAAGUAAAUCAACUCACAUUUCUCGACAAGAAUGGUAAUACACCAUUACAUUUGGCAUGUUUAACGAAUCAUUCAAAUGUAGCAUUAUCUCUUUGUAAUGCUGGUGCUCCUCUGGAAGUUCGUAACAAGAAUCGGAAACCACCUUUGCUAUGCGCAGUAAUUUCUAGUUCAGAGAGUUGUGUACGUGUUCUUCUACUAGCUGGUGCACGAGCUGAUAUUACAGAUGAGGAAGGUAAUACUGCACUUCAUCUUGCUGCUGCUCAAGGUGAUUAUUUGAUUGUUAAACUACUUUCCAGGGCGGUAUCAAAUGUUGAUAUUUUCAAUACAGCAGAAUUCACUCCACUACAUUUGGCGGCUAAACAUGGACAUUUAAGAACUGUUCGUUAUCUUAUCCUAGCUGGUGCUGAUCCCAGUAUAACAAGCCGUAAUGGCAUAGCACCAGAUGUUAUGGCCUAUGCUCAAGGUCAUUCGAAAGUUGGCAUGUUAUUAACAAAAAUGAAACCGGAAAAAUGUACAGCUUGGAUUGAACAAUUAAGACAAGAUACACAUCGUAUGCCUAGAAUAAAAUUGAAAUUAUUUGGUUCAAGUCUUGUUGGUAAAACACAAUUAACUAAUUCACUCUAUACUGGUCCAAUAUCGGCAUAUUUAAAAAAGAAAUUAACAACUGUAUCAGAUUUUGCUGGAUUAACUGGUGAAGUUAGUCCGAAAUCAAACUUAUAUCGACAUCAUUAUCCAUAUAUGUGGGAUAUAGAAGCGGAACAUGAAAAUUAUACACAAGGAAUUGAUGUUCAUAUAACAAAUGAAUAUACUCUAUGGGAUUUCUCUGGAUUUCCAUCCUAUUAUUGUUUUUAUGAUCAUUUUAUCGGUGAUAUAAGUUGUAUACAUUUAGUGCUCUUUAAUUUAAUGGAUUCAUUGGAAUGGAGACGUAGAAGUGUACGAUUUUGGCUUGAUUUUCUCUAUGCUCGUAUACCUGUAAAAGGACCUUUGUUAUUCGGUGGAAGACCAACUGAAAUGGCUAGAGUAAUUCUUGUUGGAACUCAUGCAGAUGUAGUUCAAUGUCAAAAAGAUUUAAAUGGUUUUUAUUAUGAUGAAGAAACUUUAUUGUUUUUAAAAGAAAUUACAUUAGAAUAUCAAGAUAAAUUAGACAUCCAUGAAAUUGUUUAUCUGCUCGAUGCAAGAGAUGGAACAUCGUUAGAAAUGAAACAAUUAAAAACUUAUUUGGCCGAUAUUCGAAAUAUCAUCGUACAGACACUUCCAAGAACAAAUUCUUUAAUGAUUGAUUUAUCAAAUAAAUUACCAGAAUGGACAGUUAAUGAUAUAUUUCCUAUAUGUAAUUUGGAUGAAUUUGCUGAACGUAUUCAUGAACAUAUUAAUCCAUUGUGUACAGAUGAACAUUUAACAACUCUUAUUGAACAUUUACAAUCUGCUGGAAAUAUUUUAUACAUUCCAACAACAUCACAUCAUACUGUUGAUACUAGUCCACCAAUAAUUAUCAAUGACACUAAUAAUAAUUAUUUUCAUAAAGAUGAUUUAAUUGUCUUAAAUCCAAAUCAAUUAUGUAAUGGUAUACUUGGUAAAUGUUUAUCUGAACGAUUUCUUCAUCGUACUCGAAUUACUGGAAGUUUUACACUAGAUGAUAUACAAUUAUUUGUACGUGAACAAGAUACAAAAAUUUUACUGAAAUUAUUAGAAUCCUAUGGUUUAUGUGUAUGUUGUAUUGUGAAAGAGCAUCGUCGUUUAAAAUCACGUAAUAGAAAAAAACAUUCCACUGAUUGUUUUGAAUUAUUUGAACAAAUUAAUAGUAGUGGUUCAUUGUCAAGACCAUUAACACCUGACAUUGAACAUGUUGAUCGUAAUGGUACACAUUUCAAUCAUAUUAUUAAUAAUAAUAUGAAUAAUAAUAAUAAUAAUAAUAGUAAUAAUAUUAAUGAUUUAUGCUUAAGUCAUCUUACACAAUUUACAAGAACUAUAGUAUUUGAUAUAUCACAAUUGAAUAAUGAUGCAUCAAUCAGUAAUGAAGAAAUACAAAUUGAAAUGCCACGUUUAAAUCAAAUUCCAUUAUAUCAAGGUUUAUGGGAUAAGAAUGAUGACAAUAAUAAAAGUAUGAUCUAUUCUGGUUUACAAUUGAUUACAUCACCUGGACAAUUGAUACAUUUAAUGCCACGUAUACAAGUUCAAUUAAGACGCGAAAUAUCAAUGAAUCGUAAAAAAUUUAUACAUAUUAAAUUAUUAAAUGAAUUUAAUCAAUUACAUUUAAAAGAUCAACAAGACAAUAAUAAUAAUAAUAUUAGCAAUGAUAAUAAUAAUAAUAAUAUGGCUAACCAUUUUUACACAACAUCUGAAUUAUAUUUAAAUUCAUUAGAUUUUAAUUUUCAUCAUAAUUUUAAUAAUAAUGAUAGAAUUGAUUAUAAUUCUAAUAGACGUAGAACAAAACAUUCACGUUCAUGGAAUUUAAUACAAUGGCUUCAUGGUUCCAAAAUAACUGAUACUAAAGGUGAAAUACAAAUUUUCCUAUGUAUUAAUGAAUAUAAACAAGUCCUUGAUGUAUUCGCUAGAUGUCUCCCAUGUCAUGUACAUCAAACAUUUGCUCUACUCCAUGAAAUUGUUCAUUUAAUUACACAAGUAAUUUCAAAAUGUUGUCCAAAUUUAGAUUUAGAGUUUAAAUUACUCAAUUCCAAUGAUUUAAGUAAACAUUAUGCCAAUCCAAAAGUAUGGGAUUCAAAACAAUUAGUACAAACACUUUUAUUAUUCAUUGCACAAAAUUCUCAUAGUUAUCGAACAUCAUUGUGUAAUAUUGAUGUACACAAUAUAAAACUCUUUCAAAAUCAAUUAGAUCCACAUUCAACUAAUGCCCAACAUCAUCCUCAAGAUGAUGACGACAACAACAACACAAGUGAGGAUGAAGGCGAAGAAGUAGAAGAAGAAGAAGAAGAACAAGCUAUCAAUGAUGAACAACAACCACCUUAUGUAGAGAACAUUGUCAUUCGAAAACAAAGAACCAAUAGAAAAUCGGAACAUUUAAUUCAUAGAAAACAACAAUUAAUCCGAGAUUUAUUUUUUGCUAAUUAUCAAUUAGCUCAAGAAAUCUCAAAUCAUUUAUUAAAUAUUUCAUCAAAUCAAUUACCAAUGUAUAUUUUACAAAAAUUAGCUAAACAUAUUGAUGUGAAUGAACGUGAUCCAUUGAAAUUUCAUACAUUUCUCCAGUGUUUAUGUUAUCCGGAAAUGAUUAGUUUAAUGAAUCAAUGGAAUCAAGGCAUUAGUUUAUGCAAUAGUACAUUAAGUCCAACAAUAAUUCUAUUAAAUUUUACUAGUAAAUAUCCUAUACGAUUUUUAGAAUGGGCAUUAUUAUCUAGUUAUGGUAUAGAGAGUGUACAAUUCUUAUAUAAUUCAUAUAUUUUAUUAAAUUUUAAUCAAACUAUUUUCAAUGAAGAAUCAAUUAAAGCAUUAUACAAAGAUAAUAAUAAUAAUGAAAAUAAUAAUAAUAAUGAUAAUAAUGAUAGAGAACUAUCCAAUUCAAAUCAUUGCAUUAAAUGUAUACGUUCUUCAUCGACACCACGUAAUAGUCAAAUGUAAUAAACAAUGGAGAAGGGAAAAAACAAAAACGGUUUAUUGAUCGAAAAACAUUGUUUUGUUUUUUGUUUUCUUACUCACAUUAUAAUGCUUCUUCCCCUUCUUAACAUAUUGUUCCGAUGAACUUUUAUUUAUCAUGAAAUAAGUUUUUUUCUCUUUUUCCUUUUAAUUUCCUCAUUUUUAUUUUGAUGAUGAUGAUGAUGAUUUGUGUUUUUCAUUGCUUUGUUUAACAAACAAUAUUUUUUUGUUCUUUCUUCAUUAAAUUAUAUAAUUU